GCCUUUGUUGAAAUCACAGAACCCCAGCAAAAGAAAGAAGUCUGGGGGGUGCUUGUUGUGUAACAAAUUAGAGGCAAAGUUUACUCAUCUCUACAAUGGGGCAUUGGUCUUGCUUCCUACCACAAAGAUCACAGCUUGAGCAAAACAGCACAGUUGCUAUUUGUAGAAAGAAACCAAGGUUCCAAACUGACUGAAAGAUUUUCCACCUUCUCUACACAAACAGAUAAAGUCCAUGCACUGUGAAGACGGGCACCAGAACAUGCUGGCCAAGAAGAUGGUGAACUCUGUGAAGCUCUGCCCGAUGCUGGCGGCUGUGGCACUGUGUGCAUUGAUAUGUUUGGGAAUGGUAGUACAAGGGUAUCCCACAAAACCAGAGAAUCCUGGAAAUGAUGCAUCACCUGAAGAGAUGGCAAAAUAUCUGACUGCGCUGAGGCAUUAUAUUAACCUGGUAACAAGACAAAGAUAUGGGAAAAGGGACAGCCCAGCUGAUAGUCUGCUGUCUGACCUUCUUACUGGGGACUUUGAAAACUACAACAGCAGAUCAAGGUUUGAUGACUCUUCCUACAACUGGUGACCAAUCAACCUACCUGCCCCUCCCUUCCUUGGGUGACAGUUACCCCAUCCCUUCUUUUUAAUGUAUCAAUUAUUUUUACAUCAUAAUGCAUCCUGAUGGACCUCGUGUCACAUGUACCCCCCCAACCGGGUGUGAAGAGCAGCCUGUGAUUCCCUUGUGAGAUGGAAUGAGUGAGUGUGUGCACGUGUGGUUGACUUUAUGUGUCUUUGUGUGUUGCCUCUCCCAUGACACAAAGUAUGUGAUGUUUGGCAGUGAAUGCCACUGUUUCCAGAAUUAAAAGCAAGUUUAAUGGAACUAAUAUUA